AUGAAUCCCCAUAAUCUCUCCCUUCCUUUUCCCACCAUAAAUGAUGAGCGAGAAAAUUAGGAAAAAAAUCGCAGUUUGAUGCACCCGCCGAACUCAAGCUCAUCUGGAUCUCUUGCUUUCCAGUGGCGGCCCUGCCGGAGCGUGCUCUAUAAUUUCCUCUCCUCCUUGACCCCUGGUUAUCCGCUCCCUCAGCCCACACCUGAGCACCACUUUUCUGUGCAUCCAACGCAAUUGAAUCCGCCAUUAACAUAUUCCUCGGCCAGCCCGAACCUUCCGAAUGCAGCAGCUCCUGCCGGCCCGCAGCGGCCGUGAGCUCUCUCCGAGCUCACCAGCUUCCUAUAAAUGGCCACCCUCCGUCAUCUUCUCCUCCCCACCCGUCCACAUCCUCCUCUUUCCACCUGCUGUUUCAGAGCUUCUCCAGUGCUACUUCGCGGUGCAAUGGAUUCUCGGGCGAGCUCUUCUUCCAAGACCGCGAGAGCUGCCAAAAGCAAGGACAAGGGCAAGGCUGUCGUCGAGGCGAUACCACUCUCUCAGAUGAUGGUAGAUGAAAAUCGUAGCUUCAUAUCUCAGUACAGAGCGCACCCGAGCCCAACCAGAGGAGCAGCUGUGGCGGCACCAUGGAGUUGCACCCGUUUCUCCGGAAGCUCUUCGUCCAGGGCGUUGGGAAAUAACGUCGGCGACUCCACCCCAAGUAUGUUUCCUCCUCUUUCCUUCUGAUUCUUGGUUCCUUUUUUGACUUCGUCUUCAUUCACAUAUCGUAUAGAACAAGGCGACGAGUAUCAGUUUUAUCUGCAUUGAUGCCUCCUCUCUCUCUCUCUGCUGGCUAGACAGAUCCGUCUCAUUUCUCGUUGUCCAUGGAUGCAAACCGAGUUUCACAUUUAUUAUUCCUACAUUCCAUAAAUACAAGUAAUUUCUACCGAAUUUUCUACUGCGAGUAUUAGCGACGCCCAGUGACCUUGGGCCUGGCCCGAGAACCCACUAUAUAUAUAUAUAUAUAUAUAUAUAUAUAUAUAUAUAGAGAGAGAGAGAGAGAGAGAGAGAGAGAGAGAGAAUGCCUCUGUCGUCACAUUUUAUACUACCGAUUUGUUUGAGUGCAGGAACUCAGGCCGAACCCAGGAAUCCUUUGCCUCUGGGCCUCUUGCAGUUACGUCACCUUCAGCUUCAAAGAGACCAGGCGUUACUCCAAGCGUCUUCUUACUUAUUAAACAACAGCGGUAUGGUCCUGUCUCCAGUUAAAUCAUUUUACAUUACAAAAGAAAAAUUCUUGUGCUUGUAACUUGCUCUAUCGUGAAGUGUGGCGACGGCUGUAGUAAUUCGCAUCAACAGUGUGUCGGCGGUUGAAUCUCAUGAUGCCAAUAGAUCUUGGCUUCCCUUUGAAUGAUCCUUUUCCUUGCGACUGCAGUGAAAAGAGCCAGAGAGGAGGAAACUCGGCCUCUAACGCACACUGCUGCAACUGUUCCAGCUCCUGCGUUGGGGAUGCUGGCCGAUACAGCCCAUGGGUUGAUAACCACUGAAGAACAAGAUUACACAUAUAGAAGUAGGUUCUUCCUCUCUCUGCAAAAGAAUACGAUCGAACAGGCACAUAGCAGAACCUCCAAUCUUGCUGCAGGAAUGAAUCAACUGAAACAGCAUCAACUCCCUGCACCAUCUGUCCGUGGAAAUAGCGUAAAUGGGCAAAAUAUAUCACAAGCAGUUGUUUUCGCAGGGAAUCCGCAGAAUGAAGUCUGUUCAGAGCCCUCUGCUGGGGUACCCCCGCCACCAUCGCCCCGUCCACAUUCCCAGGCUCAGGUAGAUCGCCCUCCCACCUCCAAAAAGCCGAGACAAGAUUUUUGCAAUCGACUCAUAUGGACUUUUCGUAAAUAUGCCAUUUUUUUUCGUUAGGUGCGGAGGGGUGAAGGGAGGGAGUUAGGGGAGAGAGAGAGAGAGAGAGAGAGAGAGAGAGAGAGAGAAGGUUUUUGAUGUUCUUUACUAAUCCCAGCUCCCUUUAUAUAAAUAUUCUAUGUUUUAGGACAAGAACAUGAUAUCAUGAAUUUAUUAACUCUCUUUAUAUAUUCUAUGUUUUAGCACAUUUACUAUUUUUUUAUAUAUUCUAUAUUAGCUCCAUUUAUAGAAUUUUUAUGUCAUUUUCUAUCUUAUAAUAGUCCAAUGAUUCCAACAUGAAGUAUUCACGCUUGAAUGGUUCUACAUACAUUCCUUGAUUUAUUUAUACAUUCCAUAGUUUAAGUCUAUGGAGAAGGGGACUUAGGUAAAUGAUUCCAUCUAAAACCUUAGUAAAAUAGUACCAUUUGAAGCUAAACUUGAGAUAAGACAAAGAUCAUCUGUGGCUACGGUGUUCUCAAUAUGCACGCAUAAAUUUGCAUGAUUCUAUAACUUUAUGGGAUAUAUGUCACUUAUCUCUAGGAUAAUACAUUCUAUAUGCGGAAUCGCAGCACUUGGUUGUCUUAAAUUUUUAAUAUAACCUUACUCCUUCCACUGCCUUACCAUUUCUUCUACAAAUUUCAUCAUUUGGGCUAUUUCUGUGAAUGGCAGGAAGUAGAGGAGAGAGAAUGGAUAUUGAUUCUACAUAAGGUGCUGCAGAAGACGGAUGUUGGAGGUCUUCACAGGAUUAUCCUGCCGAAGGUAAGGGAUUUUAGGCAACUAAUUUCCUUGGAUGAAUAUAUUUCUCACUUUCACCAAAAUUCGAUUGGUCUAUUACACACACUAGGAAAGGAAAUCUGCAGUGGAUCAUGAAACUGAUGUGAACUGUUUGUGUUUUUUCUUCAGAGAGAUGCGGAAGCAAAUCUUCCACGCCUGGAGAACGUAGGAACUGUCUUGGAGAUGUUGGACAUGGCGUAUCAUAUAACAUGGAAAUUCAAGUACAGGUAUUGUGAUGGCCUGAAUUGUGGAAUAAUCCAUGCUGAAAUAUCCAUUUCUCUAAGGCAUUGCGAUUGGAGAACACAAGAACACAUAAUAUCCUACUUUAAGAAAAGAUUAAUUUCUCUAAGGCAUUGCGAUUGGAGAACAAAAGAACACAUAAUAUCCUACUUUAAGAAAUAAAGUUUCUUCAUACAUGCGUGGAUGUAUCUGUAUAUGUCCAUCCGUUGUUCAACGUUAGGUUACAGUAAGUCCACAGAAAUAUUUGAACACGUUCAGUCCGAGGUGUUUUUGAAUAUAUGGGUGUGUGUAGAGAACUUUGGAUACUGAGUGAUCAUAUUCUUCAACUUGUAUUAGAACAGUCUGAUAUUGAAAACAAACAGUGGAAAAUUCACCAAUUCUUGAACUCCCAUUCAGGUUCUGGCCAGGCAGCAAAAGCAGGGUGUACGUGCUGGAGAAUACAGGUAUGUCUAGCCGAAACUUCAAUUUUUUUGUGAGAUACCAUUGGAUGCUAAGGCUCCCUGUUUUUUGCCUUUUUCAGAAAAGUUCGUAAAGAAGCAUAAACUUGAGGCUGGUGACAGGAUAGGUAUCUAUAGAAAGGAAACAUCAAAACACUAUGUAAGUAUCCCAUCUGCUCAAUUGCUGGGAAAGCACCCCAAGAUAGGUAGAUAGAAAACACAAGGUCGCAAUGCUUUUCGUUAAUUUCAUUGAUGAUGCAACUAAGACUGAUGCAAGGACACCACAGAAAUUAUGUAUUUGAAAUUUUAUUUAAAACAUUAUGCGGCAUUUAUUUUUUAAAAAAAUUAUGGUAUGUAUUUGAUUGGAUAAAUUAUUUCUUCACAUAGUUUUAAACAUAUUUUUUAUAUCAUACCAUGAACUUUAAUUUAGACUGGUAGAAUCAUAUUUGAAAUUCAUCUUCUAUGUUAAUAUCGCAUAGGAACUAAAAAGAACUCAAUUUACCUAAGUAUUCAACUUUCUUCCAUAGCGUUUACAAUCAGCUAUAUUUCACUGUACACUUUUAUCCAAUUUCUCUGCCACUGUAAACAGUGAAAAUGUGUAUGAUACAAACUAUGAGUGCUCCAUUUAUAUUGAAGCUUAUUGGUGUCCUAAAGAACGGUUCAGGGAGACUGGCCACAGGGAGUGAUGACGACACCGACCUGUCUUCUGAGAAUGAUAAACCAGAAGCCCCUCCUCCAUGCCAAAAGAGAAAGUUAACCAUUAACCUGGGAUGUAACAAGUGAUGAAGAGGGAGGCUCCUUCGUAUCAAAUGGGUCUCCAAGUUACUGAAAACAGUGGAUCGUCGUAGUCUCGCAAAGUUGAAUUGCUUUACAUUCCAUUUAGAAUGCUGUGCCCUCACAAUCCCACCCCUUUCUUCAAGUUGAUAUGGACGGUACCUUAAAUUGAUUAGUUUUUAUGAUAAAGAACAGUUCUGUUGUGGUUGAAUGAUAUCGCCACAAUUUCUUGCGUUCAUAAUUUGUUAUUUCUUUUGAUGAUUGAGUUUAAGCCCUUUAGUCGUCUGUCAGGCGUUAUUUUUAUAAUACUUCUCUGGUGUUUUAGAGCUCAAAAGGGCUGUUUACAUGAAAUGUCGUAAAUCAAUUGCAUUGACCAUUUAAUUUAAAGAAUUUCAGAAAUUUUUAACACAUUCCGUUUUAAUAUGACAAUGUUAGACUCCCACAUGAUAAACAUACUGGAUAUACACUGAGAUCAGAUGGGAGCUGACUGGCAGGAUAAACACAAGAAGGUAGGGCAUAAAAUAAUAGCUCUUAUCAUUCUAGGGCCCUUGGAUUUUGGUCACAUAGAUUCCACCACUUGAGCAAUUGCAAUCAACAAUGUCAUAAAAUCUGGCUUCACAAAUGAAUUUCAUUGAUAAAAAAGACAACAGCAUUUGACAAAUGGUUCAAAUUUCUAAAACCAAUGAUAAAAUUUGUCUAUGUGAGAUGGGUACUUAUACCCGCAAUGUUUCCAGUAGAUUUUAGACGACCAAAACAUGAGUUGGUGGAAUCGCCUUAUGAGGUUGUUCGCAGAGAAAAGACUGUUGGCCUACCAGACUGA